AAAAAAAAGUAACUGCGUUAGUGGUUUCACAUUCACCGCUUUCACGAUUCUCACAAUUCACAGAAACACUGCUUCCUCCUUCAAUCCCUAACUAUCUCCUCUCAACUCCGGCACCGUCACCGCUCACCAGGCACCUUCGCAAAACGAAUUCCUAAACCAGAACCAAUUCUACUUGAUUCAAUUCCAGAACUAACUUUCUUGAGAGACAAAUUUUGACAAUGCCGAAACAGAAUCAAAGGAAUUUAAGUGGAAAGGUAGCUAUUAAAAGAACUCGAAAAAUUGAUAGGAUUAGUAGCUUACCGGAUUCUUUGCUUUGCCACAUCCUCUCAUUCCUUCCAACAAUAGAAGCCAAGGCCACCGGCGUCCUUUCCCGCCGGUGGCGCCACCUCUGGAAGGAAGUCCCAGUCUUGUACUUUGAGGAUGAUCCCUUUAACCUCCCUGGAUUAUCAGAUGAUGAAGUUGAAGAGUACUUUGUUGAUUUUGUUGAUAAUGUUGUUGCUCAGCACAAGGUCCCCCACGUUGAAAAGUUCAAACUCGAAUGUAGUGUCUGUGGAGAAGAUACUCUCACAAGGUGGAUUUCCUCAGCUGUUGGACCACACCUCAAGGAGUUAGAUCUCUGUCUUUGUAUCUACCGUGAUGAUUACCCCGAGACUUGCGACUUGCCUCCAAGCGUUUUCACUUGCGCCUCACUCGAGUCCCUCGCUUUGAAGUACCGGAUUUAUCUGUAUUCUCUUCCGGAUGUUUGUCUGCCAUCCCUCAAGAACCUAGAAUUGGAUACCAUCUAUGUGAAUCCUGAGAAGGUUUUAUCUGGUUGUCCUGUUCUUGAAAAUCUUAAGCUAAUUUUAGAGGCCUUUCCCUUAAAUCCUGGUAUUAAUUAUCCUGCAAUCCACAUGCCUCAUUCCUUGAAGAGGUUAACCUUUGCAGAUAAAAGUCGUGAAGACUCUCUUAAGCUUCUUGAAGUAGAUACCCCAUCUCUUGAAUACCUAGAUAUCAAACUCCAGGGGCAUUAUUUAAAUGUUUUGUUUAGCCAUUUUACCAACAUGGUGAAAGCACAGCUUGAUAUUUACCCACAAGAUAAGCAUCUUGAUUGGAUACCUGAGCUUCUCAAAGCACUUCGCAGCACAGAACGUCUAGUGUUGAAACUUGAUACAACAACGUGCUUACUUCGUGCUCCAGCUCUAAAUUAUCCGGAAUUUUGCCGUUUACAUAAUUUAGUGAUUGAUAUUCCAUGUUCGAACUCGGCAUUUCUAAUAAACUUAAUUCAGCAUUGUCCUAUACUUCGAGUUCUCAUAAUUUACAAUCAGAAGGGUGGAUAUUUUUGCUCAGAGAAACAUAGUGAACCUAGCAGUUGGACACCGCCAGCCAACGAUCCUAUUUGUGUUACAUCGAAUCUCAUGAUUCUUGGAUUUUCAGGUUAUCGAGACUCUGCAGAUGAACAUGCAUUUAUUGCCUAUAUUUUACAAAAAGGACUUGUUUUGGCAAUAAUGAAAGUUCUUAUUAAUGUUGAGCUUCGCCCGAAGAAAACAUAUACAAUUCGCAAGAAAUUAUCUACUCUACCGAGGGGCUCUAAAACAGUCCAUCUUAUAAUUAAGUGACUAAUCAGCACUUAUGUGGUACAUACCUUUCACCAUCUCUAUCUCGAUGGUUUUUUUAUGUCAAAACUAUACAAAGUUGUAUGGUACUAAGUGUUUUCGUCCUGGUUCCAUAAAAUGGAAAAAUCUGAGUCCAUGCUCAAUUUUAUUUUUAUGUCAGUUUUACACCUGAAUUCCUCAAAUGUUUGUAGAACCUUUUGAUUACUUUUCCAAAACACUAAGUUGUGUGGUAUGAUGCCGUGGGCUUGCAGAAAUAGGCACUUUAACUUAGUAACGAUGGUUAGGAUUGAUAGUUUGGAAAUACACAUUUCCGUCUUUUGAUUCUACCUUAGGAAUUAGGAUGUUUAUAAUAUUUCAAAGAAUCAGCAUUUUGAUAGAGCAUGGAUAGCCUGUUGUAUAAAUCUGUUGUUGAAGCAGGUUGAUGGCAACUAUGCACCAUCUUUGGCAAUACCAAAUCUUUGACUUAUUCAUCUGUUAUGUCACAGAGAGGUUAUAGGAUUUGUUUAAUACUUAGUUGCUGGGGCUGCAUUAGAACGGCAUAUUCCGUUAUAGAAGUUAUGAUAUCUGCCGAGUAAUAUUGUAUUCCUUCGAUGCAUGAUGCUUUUUCUACCUUUUCUUGUUUUUUUCCAUUUACUCUUAAGGUUGUGUACUUCUAAAAGAUGUAUAUUUCAUGUCAUGAUUUGAUAAUUGAGUUUCCUGACUACAACUGAUUUUAUGUAACUCUUGAAGGAAGAAUUACGUUACAUAAUAUAGCAGCCUAGGUUAGGCAGUUGCCAUAUCUGUUUCUUUAUUCUUCACUGGUGGAGAUAAAUAUGAUCUGAUUUGAGGAACAUUUCACCUUUUAUA